CCGGGUUUUGGUCCCCAGCGCUGUCGGUUGAGAAACUGAGGCUCAGACAGGGAGCGACCGCCCCCAAACCCGCGGGAAACUUGUUUCCUGUGAAAGGCCUGGCCUCCGGUCGUUGGCAGUUCCCCCGAUCCCCACUCCCGAUUUUCCCGGCUGGGGGGGGCGGUGAUCGAGUCGAUACUCAGGACAGGGGCGGGCGAGGGGGCUCGUUCGAGUCCGGAGUGACCCGGUAAGGACGUGCAGGCCAGGCACGUGGCCAAGGCUGCGUCCUCUGUGGCUCAGGUGGCGUCGGGACUCGAACCCAAGCUGAGCCCAGUCCCUGGGAGAUCUGUGGACCCGCGAUGACCCACUCUUUGGUUUGUCCAGAGACAGUGAGCAGGGUGAGUUCGGUGCUGAACCGCAACACCCGGCAGUUUGGAAAGAAGCACCUGUUCGAUCAGGACGAGGAGACGUGCUGGAACUCGGAUCAGGGCCCCUCUCAGUGGGUGAUACUAGAGUUCCCCCAGCGUAUCCGUGUCUCUCAGCUUCAAAUCCAGUUCCAGGGGGGCUUCUCCAGUCGCCUGGGCCGCCUAGAAGGUUCCCAGGGGAGUGAAGCUCUGAGCAAGAUUGUGGAUUUCUACCCUGAGGACAACAACUCGCUUCAGACCUUCCCCGUGCCAGCUGCUGAGGUGGACCGGCUGAAAGUGACGUUUGAGGAUGCUACUGACUUUUUUGGCCGCAUGGUCAUCUACCACCUGCGGGUGCUGGGGGAGAAGGUGUGAGAUCUCCUCCAGGAAGCCCUCGGGGAAACACAGCAAAGCCCUUCAAGUUCUGCUGCACAGAAGGUUUAUUGGUUCCUGUUGGGAAGGGUCCCCUCCCACCGCCUGUCCAAGAGCUGCCUCUGAAGCCAGUUCUGGGUUCCCCCAGCUCUGAGUCGACUGUUUUGUUCCCUGAGUGUCUGAGUUCCCAGCAGGUGGCCUUCACUCGGGGUCGGCGGGCACCAGGUUGCUCUGGAAGAGUUUGAGGAUGUGGUUCUCGAUCACCUGUUGCACUAGAGGUGGGGCAAGGGAAAAGAGUGGUCGUGAGCUUGAACUGGGGGCUGCAGAGGCACGGGCCAACCUGCACUCUUUCCCCGUGGGGGAGGAACUGGGGCCUCCCAGCCCUGGCACCUGGAUGGGGGACCCACUUUAUAGACCAGGGAAUCCAUGCCCCUCCCACAGCAAAGCUGGGAGGACUGAGGUUCCAUCCCAGGAAGCUCAACUUCCCAUAAGUUUGUAAAAAUGCAUUUUUGUGUGGCUUUUCAGAGUUAUAAAAAUAUUUCCUACCAA